AUGUCUUGGGGAGGACUGAAAAAAUCGAUCAAUCGGGCUGGAACCCAGCUCAUGCAGAAAACUGGUCAGCUAGAGCGCUCUGAUGACUCGCGUUUCAAGGAAGAGGAGCACAAGUACCGGGAAUUUGAGAGGCAUGCUUCGGCCUUGCUCAAGUCCUCACGAGAUUAUCUCGACGCCAUCCGACUCAUGUCGGCUUCCGAAGCACGUAUCGGUGAUACGGUGGAAGGAUUUUACCAUGAAGAAAGUGAGACAGCUAUGAUUGCCAGCAUGUAUAAGCGCGCCUUGGAGGAUCUCGAUGCAAAAACCGCCCGAGAUCUCGAUGCCCCCUACCGUGCGACCGUGCUAGACCCUAUCGGCAAGCUCUGCAGCUACUUCCCGGAAAUUAACAAGCUGAUUGACAAGCGGAGUCGCAAGCUACUUGACUAUGACGCCACACGAUCACGAUAUAAAAAGCAGUCGGAUCGUCCCUCAGACGAUGCAUCCAAAUUGCCGCGCAUGGAGAGCGAACACAACGAAGCCAAACUAGUGUUUGACGCUAUCAAUGAACAACUCAUGACCGAACUACCCCAACUCGUCGAUAUGCGAAUCCCGUAUCUUGAUCCCUCAUUGGAGAUGAUGGUGCGUGUGCAGCUCAAGUUCGCUCAGGAUGGGUACGAGCAACUUGGCGGUGUCCAGCGCUACUUCCCCGAGGCCGUGCGCACCGAGUACGCUGAAGGACAGCUUGAUGCACAAGUCGAAGGCGUUCUCCAAGAGAUGCGGAGCUUGUCUAUUUGCGGUAUGAACCAGUGA